AUGACCAAGGUUGAAGAAGACGAAUUCACGGGAUCUUCGGGUAGGCCGCGCACUCCUGCUGAUGAUACUACCUUGACGAAGUUCCAGAAGAGACAGGAAAAGAAAAAGGUCGAGAGAAACCGUGAAAAAGGGCCCGAAAACGAACCAGAGAAAGAACGUUUGGUCCUUAGCUCCUCCCAACCUAACCCGAAGAGACCGGACAACACAAAGCCAGUAACAGACAAGGAGGAUUUGUGUCCACCCUGGAAUACUGGAACAUCCAAGAAGUACUUAGAGGACCAAAAAUUAGCCAAGAUCGAGGCUGAGCUCAAGAAACUGCGCGACGACAGUGAUCAAAGUCGAAUGAUGAAGAAGUAUGUCCUAGAAGAAACAAAGCGCAGCUGUCUCCUCGGUCUACCAGACCCAACUGCGCAAGAGUUGGCUAACAUGAUUGAUGAGAAAGAAGCCUGCCGCACCUUAGCUCGUCUCGUUUUAGGAAGAGGAAGAUCAUCAGCAGUUCCCAGAUCAUGA